GCACCUCCCCGUUCUACUCCUAGUCCCGGGCUAGGCGGGCACUUACCAGGGGCUCCUUCUGUAAGGAGUAUCAGGUGGGCACCCGGUCCUGUCGUUCCACCACUGGAACAGCGAAGGGGAGAGCAGCCAGGCAAGGUCGGACAGGCUUGGGUAGACGUCAGUCUCCAGACGUCAGCCCCUCUGCGCUGGUCCGGGGCUCUUUAAGCAGGAACGUGGAUGGCCUCAGUAUGUCUCACAUGGUCCCACGGGUCCUCCUCCUCCCUUUGUCGCCUGCCUCCAGGAAGGCUGCUCUGCCCUUCCUUCCUCUGUUCUUUGGCCUUCUCUUCGUUGCCACAACAGACCUUUUCCCCUUUCUCUCUGCUGACUGAGCAGCGCAUUGUGAGAGUGGAGGAUUAAUCAGUGACAGGAACCUACCUCUCUAGGAGAGUGACCGGCUGUGGUCAGGAGAGACUCACCCACCUGCAGCUGCCAUGAGGCACCUUGGGGCCUUCCUCUUCCUUCUGGGGGUCCUGGGGGCCCUCACUGACAUCUGUGAAAUACCAGAAGUGGACAUCCAGCUGGUAGAGAAGUUGGGCCAGCGCCUCUUGCCUUGGAUGGACCGGCUUUCCCGGGAGCACCUGAAUCCCAGCGUCUAUGUGGGGCUGCGCCUCUCCAGCGUGCAGGGUGGGACCAAGGAGAAGCUCUACCUGCGCAGCCUCAAGCUUGAUUACCAGCAGUGCCUCCCAGGGUCUGCCUUCAGCGAGAAUGACGGCGACUGCCAGGCUAAGCCUUCCAUGGGUCGGCUGUCCCUCUACUUGCUUGCUCUCAGAGCCAACUGUGAGUUUGCCAGGGGCCGCAAGGGGGACAGGUUGAUCUCACAGCUCAAGCGUUUCCUGGAGGAUGAGAACAGGGCCAUUGGUCACAAUCACAAGGGCCACCCCCACACUAGCUACUACCAGUACGGCCUUGGCAUUCUGGCCCUGUGUGUCCACCGGAAGCGGGUCCAUGACAACCUGGUGGGCAAACUCCUGUAUGCUGUGGAACACGACCACCCUCUCCACCAGAGCCACUUCUCUGUGGACACAGCAGCCAUGGCAGGCUUGGCAUUCGCCUGUCUGAAGCGCUCAAACUUCAACCCUGAUCAGAGGCAACGGAUCACCAUGGCCAUCAGGACAGUACAAGAGAAGAUCUUGAAGGCCCAGACCCCCGAGGGCUACUUUGGGAAUGUCUACAGUACCCCAUUGGCAUUACAGUUACUCAUGACCUCCCCCACGUCCGGCGCAAAGCUGGGAACAGCAUGUCUCCAGGCGAAGGUUGCAUUGUUGGCCAGUCUGCAGGAUGGAGCCUUCCAGAAUGCUCUCAUGAUUUCCCAGCUGCUGCCCGUGCUGAACCACAAGACCUACGUUGAUCUGAUCUCCCCAGACUGCCUGGCACCACGAGCCAUGUUGGAACCAGCCACUACGACCCUGCCUCAGAUCCAAGUCCCAGAGACCAUCAGUGUCACACUGCAGGUGCUCAGCCUCUUGCGGCCGUACAGACAAGCCAUCCCUGUCCUUGCCGGCUCCUCCCUGGAAGAUGUCUUGAAGAAGGCCCAUGAGUUAGGAGGAUUCACGUAUUGCUGACUACAGACCCAAGGAUGGAGAAACCAUUGAGCUGAGGCUGGUUAGCUGGUAGCCCCUGAGCUCCCUCAUCCCAGCAGCCUUGCACACUCCCUGGGCUUCUACCCUCCCUCCUGAUGUCCCUGGAACCGGCACUCGCCUGACCCUGCUGCCACCUCAUGUGCACUUGGAGCAAUGCCUCCCGGGACCACCCCAGCCACAACCCCUUUGAGGGUCCUACACCAGGGCCUACCCUGGAGCAGGGAGCCAAGCACCUGCCCUGGGAAGUCUUUCUGGCCAUGUCUGGCCAGCCUGGCCCCGCAGGUCUCCCAUGAAGGCCACCCCAUGGCCUGAUGGGCAUGAAGCAUCUCAGACUCCUUGGCAAAAGGAAAAGGGGUCUGCAGGCCACAGAUGUGAGGAUCACUCAUUCUGGGGUUGGGGCCCUGCCAGAGGCCUCCCCAGCCCAGGGCUGUGGCCUGACCCCAGCUCUCCACUCCGCUGUUGGAGUGGCAGCUCCGAGCUGGUUGUGGCCCAGUUGCUGGGGAGACCUCAGCACAGCUGCCCAGUGCCCGCCUCUGACGCAAUUAAAGCAUUGAUGGCCUGUGGGCCUGCUGCAGUG